UUACAUAAUUACACCAAAACGGCAUCGAGAUAACGAAGAUUAAGAGUUUGGAUGCCUUAAGGUUGCACCGAUGCUGUUUUCUAAUAACAGCAGAGUUGUUUAAUAAGGUCACUGAUAAGAAAGAGGGAAGAUGAUGAUGAGGAGGAUGUGGGGCGGGCUGACGGACUGGAGGCGUUUCUCGUGCCCUCCUCCUCCAGGGCCAGCAGACAGACAGUAUGAACUUGAACACUGACCGACGCACGAGUACAGCGACAGUCUAUUCGUACAUCACUGCUGGUAUAUGACACUUUUAAACUGUCAGGUUAGCUCUGGUGUAGUAGUUUAAGAAAAUAGUGUCACGCUAUGUCCAGGCGUAAACUCGGCAGCAGACCGCAACACCUGAGCGUAAUGCAAGACGCUCCAGAGUCCACGAUUGUCCCCAGCUCAUCCCCAUCUCCGGAGCAACCGCCUCUGCACGAAGUUGGAGGGCGUGAUCUGUUGACCUGCGGCCAGUGUGGUCAAGCAUUCCCGCUUGCCCACAUCCUCACCUUCAUCCAGCACAAACAGGGCGGAUGCGGCAGCGCCAGAGCUCUGCCCCAGGACCACACCCCUCAGUCUCCAGCCAAUCGGAUGCUCCGGUGUGGCCCGGGAACGCCGGUGGAGGCAGGUUACGUGGAGCUCCGACGGAUGACGGACAGGAGAUGCAAGGAAGAGCCAGGUGCGAGGGUGGAGGCGAAAAGAGCCGAGGAACCAUCUAUUUUCACCUGCCAGGCAUGUCAGUGUGUGUUCUCCAAUGCAUGGGCUCUCCUUCAGCAUGCUCAAAACACACAUUCUCUCAACAUCUACCAUGUAGAGGACGACGCCAUCGCACAACCAUCCAAACCAGCAGCAGCCAUGAUGGAUCCACGUCACCUGGGCGCCACCCUCGCCACAGCAUUCCAGCCAUCAUCCUUACGACCAUCCCGACCUCACAAGCCUCACAGCUCCAGCCCGGCACUCCAAGGGCUGAACUUCUCCAUGUGUUUGCAACGCCUAGCUGAGGUCAGCUGUGGCACAGGUGGAGUGGUACCAUCUCCGUCCCCCUCUCCGCCGGCUGCGUCGCCUUUCCCACACUCUGCUCAAUCACCCCACACAGCCUUCUCAUGCGAGGUGUGUGGCCAGGGCUUUCAGUCCCUGCGCAGCCUGUCCGCCCACCGUCGCACUCACGCCUGCGAUAGGCCGUACCACUGCGGCAUUUGCCAGCUCACUUUCGCCCAAAGUGGAGAACUGGCACGACACAUGAGGAGCCAUCGGCGAGCUGGCGGACAAGAAAUGACUGAUCCCACCCCUGAUGAGGACAGAAAGCUUUCUGGACCGGGAGAUAAUGAUGUUUCCAGUGGAACUGGCACGGAGUCAGGGAAGCACCAAGGAGGUACCACCCUGACCUCCUCUCAGUCCAGGGUUUCGGAUCGUAAUCUGCUGCGGUAUUACCAGCCUCAAAGAGAUGCAGAUGAAGAAGUUCAAGGCGAACCUCAACAGCCAUCUCCAUACGGCAGCCCCUCAGAAGGCUCCCUGGAGAGCGGAGAUACAGGCGGAAGCGGGGAGAGCGGGAUCGCCAGUGGCAACUGCACGCCAAAACGCCCAGAACGAGAAGAUCGUCCUCAAGGCGAGUGGGAAAGAGAGGAGGUGGAGGCUGUGGACAUGGUCCAGGACUGGCAAAGAGAGAACGAAAGGAGACAGGUCACCAGUGGAGGAGGCAAGAAGAAAAAAGAGGAGGCCUGUGAGUUUUGCGGGAAAUGUUUCAGGAACAGCAGCAACCUGACGGUGCACAGACGCAGCCACACCGGCGAGAGGCCGUAUCGCUGUGGCCUUUGCAGCUACGCCUGCGCACAGAGCAGUAAGCUGACUCGACACAUGAAGACGCAUGGCGCACGGGGGACACGCGCCCCCUUUCAGUGCCAGCUGUGUUCUGUUCCCUUCACCGUCUACGCCACGCUGGAAAAACAUCUGAAGAAGGUACACGGACUCACCCACGCUAGUGCCGGGGCCUACACCCAGAGCCCACUUGCUGACUACGGCAUCAAAAUGGAGGAAGACUCCAUCAGUGAUAAGUCAGGGGCUCCGAUCACAACCCUCACAGAACCCGAUGCGGACAUAUCAGAGAAAUUUAAAGAGGAGGACUCUGAGAUGGGGGUCAGUGCUAAUCUCGAUGAGCCACCUACCUCAGAGGAAACCGGCAGCACUGCACCGCUGGGUAAAACCACGGUAUAAAAAUAGCUUUCUGUUCAUGACCAAAAUUACAAAGUGUGAAGCCCUUUUGCCCACAGCUUUUAAACUGUGUGCAUGAUCUCGGGGCACAUAGUUAAUCUGACCAAGUUGUGAUAGAUUCAUCAGUACAAGUGCCUAAAACAUUGUUUAAAUCUGAGCUAGGCCCAUUCAUUAUUAUCAAAACUUCAAUCAGCACUUCCUCUUACAACAGGAUCCUUAAGGAUUCCUACACAGGCUUGUACAACAGGUCAGAGUAUGUGGAGAUGUUCCCUUAGUCAUUUGACUUUUUGCAGGGUUUCAAAAGACAAUCAUACCGAAAUAUUAGCAAGACGGUGGCUGUUACCUCUAUGUGCUCUAUGAUUUUGAAUUAUAUAAUGCAAUUAUUAACUGUGUGUUUACACCGUAGAGCCUUAAAGGUUCACGUUUCUAGGACAAAUGAUAUUAUCAGUGUGUCUUGCACAAAUGACCGCAGACAUCGUCAUACAGAAUUUUGCUAUUUUCUCAUCAAGCUCAUGCAGCUUGUGCUUACUCGACUAUAUGACAAGGUCAUGUUGGUGGUUUGUGUGGUGUAUGUUGAACAGGACUGAUUGGGUCUGUGGCAAUUUGAGCAUCUUGCCAUUUAGUUAAGAAUUCUGUAAAUACGUAUUUUCGUUUGCGCAGAUGUUAUUCCACAAACAUGUAUCACAUAUGGGUUUUAUAUAGCACAAAAAACUAAUAUGAAUCGAUUUUUGAGCCCGUUUAGACAUUUGUUUCACUGCCCAAGCACAUACAAAUGCUAACGUUCUUUUCAUUUUUUUUUUGCCUGGUUUUCAAUUGGUUUUGAAGGGCACUGCAUGUUUUGUGGUUGCGCAAAUGAAUGACCUCGGUUCUGAUAAAAGAUUGGGCGGGGAACCACAGCACUGACCCGGUGAAUGGUAAACCCACCAAGAGAGCACUUGCGUGUGUAUGCCCGUGUGAAUGAGAGACCUGAUAUAUUAUAAAUCUAUACAGGGAAUUAAUGCUUUGUUACAGUUUUUUAUGAUUGUUAAUAUCCGACUCUGGCAGGGAACUGUUAUGUUACAGUCUGUUUUGUGUAAAAAAAAAGUUAAAUAAAUAUUCAAUAAUAUCAAAAGGGAAUUUUGUAUUGACAAAUGUGAAAAUGGUUGGACAUACGGUAGUGUCCAUCUCUUCAGGGAGCACUGAAUUGUGAACACAAAGCUCUUUGUGACUAUGAUGUAUUUGUUAUUUCUGUUGGUUCAUAUGUAAUGUGUUUCUUCUAUUAUUUUAUGUGUAGGCCAAAACUUUGCUGAUGUAAACUUAAAAUUGUGUUAUUUCUACGCCUAUUCAGAUGCUCAUUAAAAGACUGAGGCAAAGUCAGAGGGUGUACUUUUGUGUGUGAGUAUGUGUGAACGGUAAAGUCGAAACCUGCCGCUACAUGUCUCAGAUCUCAUCACCAGUAUUUACACAGAAGAACCGUUCUUCUUCAGGGCUAUUGUUGUCAAAUCCUGCUCCGCCGCUUGAGUCAUAGUCCGUUAGUUGUAUGUUUGGUACAGUCGUCUCUGGGUCAUUCAUGUUGGUGUGUCUCUUGAAACAACAAGGUAAAGUGAAAAGAUGAGAUUGUCAGACAAGAAUGACUGAUUAUACAUCUGAAGCAGGAGACGAGAAAAACUACUGGGAUCCGGAAUGAGUGGGAGUAGUAUGAGGGACAAAACCUCAACAUCCGUAUCUCUGCCCCCUUUAAUGAGUGGGAUGCUCUCAUUAACAACCUUUAGCUUAUUAACAACCAACCUUUUUAAUGAGCUUUCAUCCAGGACUGGGGGAGGUUGGAUUGAAGGGACCAUAUGUACCUCUCACCCCAUCUCCAAUUAUCACCAGAGAACGAGAGAAAGAUAGCGAAGCGUGGAGGGGGGGUGUCUAAUGUGUCAUCUACAACAUCUACGUAGAUCAGCAAAAUUCUUUUUCUCCUCGUCCUUCUCAGAGGAUGGUGAAUUGCAGGUGAUCACAUGGGAAUGGUAUCACUCCUCCUCCUCUAUCAAAACCUUUUACACCCACCCAAGCCAUGCAAACCCGCACGGCACCAUUUGGUGGCCGCACGGGCCCAAUUACAUAAUGUAACACGAGCUUCUGUGAGUUGAGAUGGCCUCUGGCAGAUGAAAACAUUCCCAGGUGCCCUUUGUCUCUUAUGGGCCGCCUCUCCGCACCUUCUCUCAGACACGUCGCCCCGCUGAGCCGAGACUGGCCGGUGUUUACCUUUGCUGACCAAUCACGCUGCUGCUAUUUCUGUCUUUGCCUCCACUCACCGUAUGGAGGGCGUGGUAACAGGUAACUGACCGCAUUAGCCUGCAGGUGUAUGUGGACUUUGAGAUAUGUGUGUGUUUUUCAGUUACAACACAUGCCAGAGGACAUUUCUUAAGAGUUAAGUGCAUGUCGUGUCCACUGGGUGAAGUGUCAAAGGCAGAGGGAGGGUAACUAAACGUCCAACUUUUAUAGUUGUAUGACGGCAAGUGAAUCUCAAAUGCUUUAGUAUAAAUAUAAUAGUUAACGAAAGAAGGCAAGGGUAAGAAGCAUAACCAGAUUAGUGGGAACCCAAGUGUUGGUGGUGGAUGUUAAAUCCAAUGAGAGCACAAUAAAAGC